AUGAAACCAAGACUCUUUACCUUGAUAGCCCAACAAGGCCAGCCAGAAGUUAUUCAUGUUUAUAACAAACCUCCUACUCUGACAUGUCCUGUUGACGGAGAAGUGAUAUAUGCUGAGAGAUCUAAGACUUCUGCAAAACAUUCCUGGUCUGCUCCUACGGCGAUAGACCCCGAGGGAGACGGUAUUAAUGACCUAAAGCUUGUUUAUGGAAGUCCAAGUGGUUCAGAAUUCAAAAGAGGAUCGCAUUCUGUUAAAUACGAGGUUUCAGACAGUAAGGGAGCCAAAUCAACCUGCAGUUUCUCCUUCACUGUGAAAGUGAUCUCCUGUCAAGUUUUACAACCACAAGGUUAUAGCAAGGUGAAAUGUGACGGAGAGUUCAUUUACGGAUCAUCAUGUACAAUAACAUGUAAGGAAGGAUAUGAAAUGCUGCCUUUAACAACCAACAAUGAACAGGUUAUUACUUGUGAGAAAUCUGGAACAUCUGGCAUGCACAGUGAAAGCCCAAACUCAUGUAAAGCGAUUUCAUGUCCAGCUGAUGAUCCUGCCUUGAAUCCUUUACAUGGUGAAGCUUUGUGCAGUUCUCCAGACUACGAAUACAAAACGAUGUGCUCUACAAGCUGUAAAAGUGGUUAUACCCCACUUGACAGAACAACGAUUGAAUGCCAGGCAAAUAAAAUGUGGUCAAACUCUUUAAAGGGAUGUACAGAUAACGAAAAACCCAUUGUGAAUGAUUGCCCUGCAGACAUAUAUAGAUAUGCUGAAAGAAAUAGCCAACCAACUAGGGUCUCCUGGACAGUACCCACUGCUGUUGAUAACUCAGGAGAAGCCACUAUCACACAAAUAGAAGGCAAAGCACCAGGAUCUUUGUUUUCCCCUGGAACUCAUAAAAUUGUCUACACCGCCUCUGACGCAAAUGGAAAUGAGUCCCCAAAUUGCACAUUUCAUAUAAAUGUUCAAG